CUCUCUUAUGGAUUAUUCAAAUCUCUUGUCAUUAAAUAUUCAGGAUGGUUCAGCCCAGUGGGAUUUACAAAAGGAGCAGACGCAAGUGUAAAAUGGCCACGCCAAAGAAAGUGAAAGAGGUCAAGACAAUCUGGGAAUUAGUGAUUUGAGGAAGAAAACCUCAAAAUGGUUUUGGAUCGCUCGCUGGUUGCAGCAAAGAACGGGGACCUGCUAACGCUGCAGGAUUUACAGAAACAGGGCUUGAUCCAGCAGAAGAUAACCGACCAUCUCGGAGCGUCUCCAGUCCAUCACGCCGCUCGCUCCGGCAAACUAAGCGCCCUGAAAUUCCUGGUGGAAGAGGCGAAACUACCCGGGAAUAAGCGAGCCAAGAAUGGGGCUACUCCGGCGCACGAUGCAGCGGCCACCGGGCAUUCGGUCUGUUUGCAGUGGCUGCUCACUUCAGGGGGCUGCCACAUCCAGUCACCAUCUUAA